AAUUACAAUUAAUACCCAGAAAACGUAUUCGAGUUUCAGUGAAACUUCGUUUACGACACAAACUAGAAGAGGCUAUUGCGUGGUGGAACAGUUUCAGGAAAGGACCAUCAAACCGAAGAAGACGCGCAUACACACACACGUGGAUGCGUAGGUGUGGAUACGCGUUAAACACGAGAGAAAACGAAAGAGGCAGAGCGAUGACGCACAGCUUCAUCAUGGAUUACGAAGGAAAGUCCAGAAACUCCGUGUUGCUCGUUGCUCUUGUUCGUCCAUCUUUAUUCAAAACCGCUCGGUUCCGGUCUUACAUCCGGAGACCACUUUCACUUUCGAUUUUUACUCGUCUGUCUUUUUUUUUUCCCCUCUGCUCCCACGACAACCCACGAUCUUUCUCCUCUCACUCCACCCCGUAUGAACGACGCUUUCUCAUAUAAAUGAAAUGGCCAGACCUGAGCAAACGUGUCGCAUUGCUCCAAGUUCGUCCUCCGGCGUUAUUGGCCGUGAUCUCGUUCGGCAUUUCCAUCGAAAAGGUGAGAAGCAUGCGACUGGUGCAAUUGCUGGUAACACACGGUCUGGUGCUAUUGUCAACGCUGUUGGUACCUUGUCUGUCGGUUACCUUCGAGGAUGGCACUUCCGGUGAACGCUCCGAGGCGCGCGAAAACCACGUGCCAGAGCCACAGGAGCAGGUGGCUUUCAACAAAACACGUCAAGGAAAAGGGCUGUUCGAUUGGAUCGGUCUAGGCACAGGACGAAACGUGGAUCCAUAUAUAGCAAAGACGAACAAAGGCUGUCUGAAUGGCGACCUGGCGGAAUGUUUCAAGUCGCAAGCUUUAAGCUACUUUUCCGAUUUCUUCGAUCACUCUCGCUACGAUCUGAACGAUUACGUAAAGGUCGUUAGAAUGUCCAGGGACAUAGUGCAGGAAGUCAAUCGUCAACCGUAUGAAUAUUCCAGCGAAGCAAGGUCUGGCGACUCUGAAUGGGACCAGCUGAUGAAAUUCGCUCUGAGGAAAGCGGAAAAAUUCGUGAAGACCGUGGCCAUCGAGUUACAUAUUCCUUCCGAAGAAACUGGGGAGAAUGAAGUGUAUGCACCACGAUUUUUGGAUGAAAUCGCCGACGAAAUUGACACUCUUGAGAAUAAAAAGGAUACUCUUUUCUCACGUCACCAAUUGAAGAAACUUCUUAUUCCUAUGCUCAUCGUGUUGAAGCUCUUCAAAUUGAAGCUACUCUUGUUCCUGCCUCUGAUUCUGGGCCUGGCAUCUUUCAAAAAAUUCCUCGGUUUCUUAGCGAUAGUGAUACCUGGUUUAAUCGGAUUUUUCAAGCUGUACAAGCCACUCACGCAGAAUUACCAUCCGCCGAUCUAUAGCCAAAGCGGUAUAGCUUAUCCUUAUUACAAGGAAAAUUCCAAUAGUUAUCCUUACCCUGAACAGGCUGAAUAUGCAGGUGGAUAUAACAGGGAUAGCGUGUCUUUUGGACAGGAUCUUGCUUAUCGAGGCUACAGAGACUACCACUCGUAAAAAUACACUGAAUUUGCUCUCUUUAACGUCUAAGAAUCUGAUAGAAUUAGAAUAUUUGGUUCGAUUGUAAGCAUUGUCAUUUUUCGUACAAUUGCGUUAGUUUUUAAGAUGAGAAAUCUUUUGAAAAAUUCUGAAUUUCUAAGGAUUUUAAAAGGUUACUUUCUGUUUGCCUGUGUUUGCUCUCUUUAAUUUAUCGGAGAAACUGAUAGAAUUAUAAUAUUUGAGUUUGCAGAAUUAUACAGAAUUACGAUAUUGGUACGUAUUGUCAUUUUUGUAUAAUUGCGUUAAAGAAAUUUAAAAUGAGAAAUCUCUGAGAAAUUUUAAAUUUCUAAGAAUUUAUAUGUUUUACGACAGGAGCUCUCUUCUUAGAUUAGCGAUUACACAGUGCUCAAACAACAUUGCCAUAUUUCAACAGUUUGCUGUUCAAGUACUAAUUGAUAUCAGCGAUGUUUUUCGUAAUAGGCGAAAAUUUUAAUUGAGCUACUAAGUUCUGUACAUAUUAUCUAGGUGCGAAUGUAGGUACUUGAAGAACUAGCACAAAGUAAUAUUCUUCAUUAUACAUUUGUGAUAAUUCAUCGUGUACAUCGUUUAGAAAUUAAAUCUAGUUUUACAAUUA